AUGGAGGCUGCAGUGCAGGGUAACUGUCUUCACACCGACAGUAACUGUUUUCACACCAACAGUAACUGCCUUCACACCGACAGUAACUGUUUUCACUCCAACAGUAACUGUCUUCACACCGACAGUAACAGUAACUGUCUUCACACCAACAGUAACUGUCUUCACACCGACAGUAACUGUCUUCACUCCAACAGUAACUGUCUUCACACCAACAGUAACUGUCUUCACACCGACAGUAACUGUCUUCACUCCAACAGUAACUGUCUUCACACCAACAGUAACUGUCUUCACACCGACAGUAACUGUCUUCACACCAACAGUAACUGUCUUCACACCGACAGUAACUGUCUUCACACCGACAGUAACUGUCUUCACACCGACAGUAACUGUCUUCACACCAACAGUAACUGUCUUCACACCGACAGUAACUGUCUUCACACCAACAGUAACUGUCUUCACACCAACAGUAACUGUCUUCACACCAACAGUAACUUUCUUCACACCGACAGUAACUGUCUUCACUCCAACAGUAACUGUCUUCACACCAACAGUAACUGUCUUCACACCAACAGUAACUGUCUUCACACCAACAGUAACUUUCUUCACACCGACAGUAACUGUCUUCACACCGACAGUAACUGUCUUCACUCCAACAGUAACUUUCUUCACACCAACAGUAACUGUCUUCACACCAACAGUAACUUUCUUCACACCAACAGUAACUUUCUUCACACCGACAGUAACUGUCUUCACACCAACAGUAACUGUCUUCACACCAACAGUAACUGUCUUCACACCGACAGUAACUGUCUUCACUCCAACAGUAACUUUCUUCACACCAACAGUAACUUUCUUCACACUAGGGUUGUCACGGUUUCAAGUUUUGAGUCACGAUAG